AUGGACAUGGCGUUUAUGGACAUGAUAUUUCUGCAUUUUUAAGAAACUAGUAUCCAAAAAUACUUGAAAACUUACUCGAGAAAGAUUUAUAAUGUACAGAUGAGGAAUACAUAGGAAGCUGUUUAAGACUUUCUUUUUUAUAGUUAUCUUAAAAACUUCUUGAAAGUAAAAUAGAUUGUAGUUUUAGUGGAUCUACGUUUAUUAUUAUACUUUUAAUAGGUAAUAAAUUAUGGUGCGCAAACACAGGAGAUUCUAGAGCUAUUUUAGCUCAAGAAAAAGAAGGUAUUUGGGAUGCUGAACCACUUUCCUUUGAUCAUAAAGCAGACGAUCCUGUUGAAAAAAAAAGAAUUGAAAAAAAAGGAGGAAGAGUUGAUUCUUAUAGAAACCUUAAUGGAGACCCUUUAGGACCGGCUAGAGUUUGGAUGA